CCAAACCCUAACCCCCACUCAAUCCGCCAGUAAGCGUAAACCCAAUCCUCCAAUCCAAUGCCCGGAGAUCCUCCCCCCGAUGACCCCAAGGACCGGCGGAAGCGAAAGGCAGGGGGCCCGGCCGCCGAGAAUUCUCCUGGUGCCGGAUCCGCGAGAUCCAAUCCUGGCCAGCGGCGGGUGGUGGAUGACGAUUCCGUGGCGCUUCUCCGGGGAGUCCUCGAGUUCCGCCACCGGACGGGCCUACUGCCGACGAAAUCAAACAUGCCUGCAUUUUACGAAUCCGUAAGCCGCUUGCUUCGCGCUCCCCUCACCAAGGACCAGGUCUACAACAAGCUCCGCCACCUUCGCCACAAGUUCAGCCAGACCGCCGCCAGCGGUCACGGCCCCCAUGACGGCAUCCUCCAUGAACUUGCCGCCAAGAUCUGGCCGGCGGACGAGGAAAAGAUGGACAAGAAAGAGGAGGAUAAGAAGCAGCAGCAGGAGAAUGACACUGAUGAUGAUGAGCAUGAGGAACAGGCGGAGAGUCAGGACGCGGAGAUGGAACGGGAAGAUGAGCACGAGGAGAAGGAAGGCCGAGACGAGGAAGAGCAGCGAGGUGGAUGCGAGUCCUACCCAUAUUUGGCUCAUGCAGCAGCGGAGCAUUGGAAAGCUCAUAGCUUGUCAAAUGCAUCGUUGGAGGUGGGUCUGAAGCUUCUGAAUCCUUCGAAGGCAAAAGCUUUGGAGGGGAAGUGGAAGAGGCUGUUGGAUGAUGAGAUGAAGUUCCAGGCGGAUUGGUUCAAGGCGUGCAGGGACAUCUUCGCGUUGUUGAAUGAGUCGCAUAAGGGUAUGUAGACCAGUUUGAAUGCUUCUAUAAAUAAAAGAGAAAAAGGAAAAUAGUAUAUUUUAACCAGCAAGUUGUAUUCAUUCUUAUUUUUUGUUCUACGUCCAAUGACUUCCACACUUUGGUUGCUUGUUCUGUUAUUCCUCUAAUGGAAAGGUAUUUGAUGUUGAGCGC